AUGCCAGUCACCAACUUCCCCAUUCCCGAGAGAUACGAGUAUCAGACGGGGUUUGCAGCGAAUCUAGAAACAGAGGCAAUCAAGGGAGCGCUCCCAAUUGGACAAAACUCUCCCCAAAAGUGCCCAUACGGUCUCUACGCCGAAAAGAUCUCAGGCACCGCAUUCACGGCGCCUCGGUGGGAAAACCAGCAAACAUGGGUUUACCGCAUCAUUCCAUCCGCAGCUCAUUCAUCCUUUGAGCCAGCCCCAUCUGGGAAUAGACUCAAGACCGAAUUCAACCAAAUCCCCAAUCAACUACGGUGGGAUCCAUUUGACAUCAACGCGGAUGUUGAUUGGAUUGAAGGUCUUCACAUGGUCGCAGGGUCAGGCGACCCAGCUUUGAAGAACGGUGUCGCCUACUACAUCUACGGGGCAACAAAAUCCAUGAACGAGAAAACCGCAAUGUAUGAUUCAGAUGGUGACAUGCUCAUCGUACCCCAAACCGGUGCACUAGAUAUCGAGACUGAGAUGGGCCGGCUUUUGGUACGCCCCGACGAGAUUUGCGUGAUUCCGCGCGGAAUCAGGUAUCGUGUUAAUCUUGUCAACGACGAGCCUAUCCGCGGAUACAUCCUUGAACUUUUCAAUGGACACUUCCAACUACCCGAACUCGGCCCCAUUGGGUCAAACUGCCUGGCCAACGCCCGCGACUUCCAGAUUCCCGUGGCGGCAUAUACACACGACUCAAAGUCAACAUGGACGGUAGUCAACAAAUUUUGUGGGCAAUUGUUUACUAGUAAACAAGGCCAUACUCCGUUUGAUGUCGUGGCUUGGGAGGGGAGAUACUAUCCGUACAAGUACGACUUGGGUCGAUUCAAUACUAUCGGAACCAUCUCAUAUGACCAUCCAGAUCCUUCGUUGAAUACCGUCCUCACGGCCAACUCAAAUGCUCACCCCGGUACAGCCAUUGCCGACUUCGUUAUCUUCCCUCCUCGGUGGUUAGUCGGCGAGGACACUUUCCGGCCACCCUCAUACCAUCGAAACUGCAUGAGUGAGUUUAUGGGUCUCAUUGAGGGCUCUUAUAUUGCGAAAGGGGCUGGCUCAGGUGGGUUCCAAGCUGCAGGGGCAAGUCUUCACAACUGCAUGAGCAGUCAUGGGCCAGACGCGGAGGCAUUUGACAAAGCUAGUAACCAAGAGCUGAUUCCAGUUAAGGUUGGGACUGGAAGCAUGGCUUUCAUGUUUGAGAGCUGCUAUAUGGUUGGAAUCACAGAUUGGGGAUUGAAGACAUGUCAGAAAGUACAGAAAGGGUAUAGCGAAGAGAGCUGGGGAGGCCUCAAGGAUCUCUUUACCCCUCCAGAGCUCCCAUCUCGCGAUUGA